AUGCAGCACGGUGAUCACUACUACUACUACUACUACUACUACUACUACUACUACUACUACUACUACUACUACUACUACUACUACAAAGACUCCUACAAGACGACGAAGUACUACGCGUGCCGAAAAAGCCGGACUACAAAGUGCAAGGUUCGACUGGUCUGUCAGGAUGACGGUACUGUGCACAUCAAGGGAGAUCAUGUCUGCAUCACCGGUGACGACGUGAUAGCACGAGUUGUGCAAGAAGAGAUGCGUCUACACCUUGAACUACGAAGACUUGGUGAGUUGCGAGUUCUCCUAGGACGCAUUUGGCGUGAUGUCAAGGACGAGAUGAUCCGCAAAUACGGUGAACGGUCUGGCCUUCGGUUUUUCCCCAAGCGAGAAGCGAUUGGAGUUAUCAGGAGAUGCCGAGACGCGGCAACCGGUGGUGAUGCCUUUCGAGCGAUCGAGACGGAGCAAUUAUCGAAUCUGCGACACAGCUCGGUACAGGGACGAUGUUAA